CUGUUCCAGCAUUUAACGCCGCAGAUACCUGAAGUCUCAUGAAAAGGAAAAGCAGGUUUCUCAAUGAGUAGCGAAGUCCGUUUAUGAGAUUGGAAAUAACUGUGAUAUCAAGCAUCCGUCUGGAUGCAGAGGUCUUUUCACAGAGGAUAUUCAGCAUUGGUAAACGGAUUUGCGGAUUUGCAUGGGGUAAAAAUGGAGGCAGAAAUAAACUUCUGAAAUUGAAUCUCGAUCCAGGAAUGAUGGCUUCUCAGCUGUAUACACAUGCUUUCAAUAUCUCCCCAAUAGAGAAGAGGAGAUUGUGCAUAAAUGGAACACCAUGGAUUUGGCAUCUCCUAGAAGAAUGUGUCGAGAAUGCGUGGGAGUAUUGGAGUGUUGUCAUGGGACUGAUUUCCAUUGUCUGUUUUCUGUUUGCUGCACUACCUCAAAUUUACAUUGCCUGUCAGAAUGGAAGAGUGGAUCAAGCACUGUCUUUGGGCUUUCUGCUGUGUUGGAUAGCUGGAGAUCUUACAAAUUUCGUAGGCUGCUAUUUAACAGAUCAACUGCCAAUUCAGAUUGUCACUGCCAUUUUUUAUGUUAACAUGGAUGUAAUUAUGAUUUCACAAUUUGUCUACUAUAAGCUCAAGAAUCAGAAGAUGACAAAAUGCAGCAAAAGCCUGAAGAAUUUCUGCAUAACCUGGAUCAUAGUGUGUAUAGCACUGUGUGUUAUUCUACCCUGUCAGCUGUUACUAAGAAACCAAGACCAGACGACAGUAAUCGAAAGGAGCAAUAACUCUCUCAAUAUGAUUGAAAUGUCAGGCUUCAUUUGUGGCUAUAUAUCCUGUGUGUUUUACUUGGGAAGUAGAUUUCCUCAGCUGUAUAAAAAUUUCCGAAGAAGAUCAACAGAAGGCACCUCUUACCUGCUGUUUGCAUUAGCCAUGAUGGGAAACUGUACAUAUGGACUCAGCCUUGUUUUAAAGAUGCCAGCUACUGAAUCCUUCCGGGCUCUCUACUUUUUGCACCAUCUUCCAUGGCUCAUUGGGAGCUUUGGAGUUUUGUUUCUAGACUUUUUUGUGACUGUGCAAUUCAUCCUGUACCAUCAGCACAAGGAAAGACAAUCUGAUUUAGUAGCGCUGGAAGUGGAACCAUUGCUGGUGGAUGAGGAGACUGCCUAGUGUCGGGCUGGAUUUGGCUCCUGUUUUCAUUGGAUUUUGCUCUUGGAUGACUUUGACGAACGGUUAAGAUUAC